AUGUCUAUAUCAAAAGUAUUUACCAUUUUAUUUUUUGUAUUGUUAUGGAGUUCGUACAGUGUAUCGUAUGUUCCACCACGUUUUGAAAUGAAACGUUUAUCAAAUAACCCUAUUAUAUCAUCAUGGGAUAAAAAUUCUGAUUUUUUAUAUAAUUAUAAUAGUGCUUUUAUGCCUAUGAUAAAUGAUUCAAAUGCAAUAAUACUUUUAGUACGUGUACAAAAUUUACUUGAUAAUGCAGAAUCUAUUUAUAAUGUCGGUCCAAGUAAGAUAGCCGUAAGUCAAAGUAUUGAUAAUAAUCAUCUGAAAUAUUCACAUAUAAAACAAGAAAAUAUUAUUAUUGAUACCGAUGUAGAUUAUCAAUCUGUAGGAGCUGAAGAUCCUCGUGUUGUGCUUUUUAAUGGAGUUUAUUAUUUAUACUACACGGCUGUAAGUAAAGAGCCCAGUGGUGAUUGGCGUGCUCAAUUAGCAUUAGCUACUUGUGAAAGUAAUUGUUUAACGAAAGGAAAUUGGAAACAUCAUGGUCCUUUAUUUCCUGAGGUAUUUUGGUCUAAAAGUGGUAGUUUAUUAAUUCAUAAUGAUACUCAUCGUUAUUUAUUUUUUAAUGAUUCAAACAUUGCUAUAGCACAAACAACAGAUCUUAUUCAUUAUAGUUUAACAAAUGAGUAUCUUCUUCGUACACGAUCUGAUUCAUUUGAUUCUGAACUUGUUGAAUCUGGACCUGAACCAUUAAAAUUAAGUGAUGAAAAUUAUUUAUUUCUUUAUAAUUCAGCACGACGAACAAAUAUUACAAAUCCAAAACCUGAUUGGUCACUGGAAUAUAAUUUAGGUUGGGUAAUAUUAAAUGGACAAAAUCCAACAGAAAUUUUAGCAAGAAGUGAUCAACCUAUAUUUUCACCUGAAUUAGAUUGGGAAAAAUGUGAUAAUUCAUCAUCUGAAUGGGCUAAUCGUGGUCUUACACCAUUAGUUAUUUUUGUUGAAGGAUGGAAAAAAACUACUCAAGAUACAUUUUUAGUUUGGUAUCAAGGAUGUGAUUCAACAAUGGGUUUAGCUGAACUUAAACUUACCUACAUACGAGCUUGGUUGUUGACAAUCUAUUUUCCAAGUGUUGACAACGUGAAUCGUCCAAAGAAUGACUGCAUCAUUCAUAUGUCUUAUCUCAUUGUUGUUUGUUGCCCGAUCAUGUUCGCUCAAUGUAUUGUUCAUUGUACAAUAAUAAAUAGUAAAAAUCUAAUAGAAAUGUUAGCAAGACGUGAUCAACUCAUAUGUUCACCUGAAGCAGUUUGGCGAAAAUGGGAUAAUCAUGAUCUUACAUCAUUAGUUAUUUUUGUUGAAGGACAUAAAAAAACUGCUGAAGAUACAUUUUCAGUUUGA